AUGAGCGAUAAAAAAUCUCAAUCACUCGUCCCCGUCAUUGUUGGGGUUGCCAAGUUUGCUGCUGGUGUCUACGCUGAUGUCAAAAAGACGAAAAAUGGCGACAAAGCUUCCCAGCAAACCUCCAACAUGAGCAGCAAAGACAUGAAAGAAGCCAUCCCCGCGGUUGUCGACGCCAUAAACCAGUUUGCUGAUGCCAAAACCAAUAAUGGCGAUAAAACUACGAAACAAACCUCCACCAAGAGCAGCGACCACAUGACAGAAUUCAUCUCAUCGCUUGCCGCGGCUGCUACUACACUCUCUAGCACUGGGGCGGAAGACGGCGACAAAACUACCGAACGAUCGGGAUCGAGGCCGAAAACGGAGAUGGUCAAGAAAUCCAUCAAGUUUGGGGCUAGAGUGGCCGGGAUCUGGGCCGCACAGCAGAGUAAUGCGUCGCAGGAAGCGUCCAAGAAAGCCAAGUGA